AUGAAGCUCACGUUGGGGCUUGCCGCAGCUUUUGCGGGCUGUGUGGCAGCUUCACAGCCCACUGCCGAUGUCUACAUUCUGCCGAAUCGCGAAUCCACGUCGCCGCCGUCCGUCUCUAGCAACGUCGCCCGACUGAUUGCGUUACAACGAUUUUCUCCUAGCCGAAGCGUUUCCGUCAAUGAAAUCCCGGAAGACGCCGAUAUAGAAGACGUCGCCUCGCUAUUGAGUCAAUUUGGGAAGCCGAUCCCUUCGAUAUUUGAUGAGGCCGAUGAGCCCAACCAGCUCAUUCUCGCGGUAACGGGAUUGACAGAGGAGCAAAUCAGGGAGACUAGAGAAAAGCUGAACGUGCAGCCUACAUUCACUAUUCCGGAUGCCUUUUCUAUUGACCCGCUGAAUGGGGUCGCAGGCUUCGACCCUGCCGAUUACCAUGGCGCGGCGAAAGCGCAGAAGUGCUCUUUUGACGAAAUAAUUAACCCGCUUGAAGAGCGAUGCUGGGCUGGAAGGGCUUUGUUUGCCGAAUAUGAUAUUCAAAAGCGACCACAAGCCUUGGACGAUGUGAUUCAUAGCUUCUCAAGACUCGAUUCUCUUGCCAAGAUUGGCGAGAUGCAGACUACCUUGCUUCUACUCCCAGCUGUCAGUGGAAAAUCGGGCUCGAAGCAAGGAUCAGGCCAGCAACAGGAGCUCCGUCGCCGUCAGGCAGAGAGGGUGCUCAAUUCAUUUCACAAGGCAGCGCAUGCGGAACCGACUACGCCUGCACCCAACAAUAUCCUUCGAGCCCCCUCGAAGGCUGUUCCGGCUUGCUUCGACUCUCUUGAUAGCUGCGUCACCGGCACUGGAAACUGCUCGCACCAGGGAGAAUGCCUAAACAAGUAUGGAUCUGCGGAUGCUGGCGGCAAGGCUUGUUUUGCAUGCCACUGCCUUAGCACCAGGGCAGGCGAAGACGGCGCCCUUACUCAUUGGGCAGGACCUACAUGCGCCAAGAAAGAUAUUAGCGUUCCCUUCUGGUUGUUUGCAGGCUUCACUCUGCUUAUGCUGGGAAUAUUGUCGCUUUCUGUCACAAUGCUUUACAACGUGGGCGACGAGAAGCUGCCAGGUGUCAUUGGAGCUGGAGUUUCCAACAUGUGUGAGCCGGGGAGCAACUGCUACCUACUUAUUGUCGAUGGUUCUACAUACCAUAUAAUCAUUGGAGCCAACGCCUUAUGUAUCAUACAGAUGUAUUCAAUAGCGAUUUUCUUUUCUUCUUCUACCUUGAUCUUUCAUACACGCGCAACCUCGCUGCCAACCACUAACAGCUCUAGAGAGCGGCCAAAGCUGCCCACGGCCAAAUGGGGAGCUGCCUGUGCGCCUUGCGCCACUGCAAAGGCGAAGUGUAUUCGAUCCAACGACACGCCCGGAGCAAAGUGUGAUAGGUGUGAGAGACUCUUGAAGGAGUGUUCGAACCAGAUCCAUCGCCCGCGGAAGAAAAGACAGUCCAAACCCUCCCGAACAGCGCAGAUCGAAGAGCGGCUCAACGGCCUUGUCAGUCUUCUGAAAGCGUCCGGAGAGCUUUCCGGAACUCAGCGUGACCCACUCUCGCGAGAUGAUAACAACGAAGACCGCGGGACUGAAGACUCAUCUGAUGAUCCGUCCCCGUUCUCAAGCCCGUCUAGUGCCAUUCCCAGCAUCACCAAUCAGGCCAAUACUUGGAUUAUCGACCCGACGUACAACUCGUUUACACCGAAAUCAUGCAUCUGUCACCCAGACACUUUGGAUGCGCCCCCGCCUCCGGAGCCGGACGAGAUCCUUCUCGAAUUUUACCGGAAGAAUCUCCAACCCGUCCACCCUUUCGUCAUAGUCCCGCCUAAUGUCACCGCGGCUGUUUUGGCGUUAAGAAGACCGUUCCUCAUGGCAGCUAUUCGCAUGGUUAGCUCGUUUCGAAGCAUACGAUCGAUGAGAGCGCAGAUGUAUCAUCUCAUGAAACACCUCGCAGACUACAUGCUCAUUCGCUCGGAAAAGUCUUUGGAUUUACUAUUGGGGAUAAUAGUCAUGCUUGGAUAUCAACAAUAUCACUGUUGUCUCCACGGACAGCUAAAUAACCUAAUUACUCUGGCUAGCAGCUUGAUAAGCGACAUGGGGUUGAACAGGCCUCCAGGGUUGAAUGAGCGAACGCGUUUGAUGGUUGUACGCCCGCCAGAGGUGAAUGGCCGAAGCAAUGAAGAGAGGCGAGCAUUUGCAGGAGCAUGGUACUGGGCAUCAGUAAUCUCGAUGAAUUUCCAAAGAGUGGAACCGAUGAGAUACAACAGCUAUCUUUCCGACUGCAUACGAUAUCUGCAGGAGCAUCCUGAAUACGAAAGCGAUAUUUCUCUCGUCUACCUCGUCAGAAUACAGAGAUUGACAGAACGCAUUGCCGAAUUCAAUUCCGAAGAUAGGGCUACUGAGGAAAUCUCUUUAGUGCCUUCAGCUCCUGUCUCGGCAUACAUUUUGGCAUUCCAAAACGAACUCAACCAAAUUCGCGACUCUAUGCCCAAACAUCUGCAAGAAGAUAGUCACCUUCGUCUAUACGAGCCUCCUGUUGUUGACAAGAAUCUGAUUCGUUCAUUAUCCAAGUCCCUCUCUUCUGUAUCGAUGGCUAUGGAUUCGCCACUCGACAAAAUAUACCGAUCAAGCGCCGUUCUUACAACAUGGUUCAAUUCCUGGCUUGCUCUCCCCAUCUCCACCUAUUAUUUUCAAACUACGGCCGUCGGCUCGCACCUCGUCUAUGCUCUUGUUAUGCUAGCUCGCUGGGCAAGAUUAUCAACACCAAGAGCCAUGUACGAAGGAAGAACAUCAAUGCCAGAUGACCCGAGCGAAAACAAUCCGAAUGUUGCUUUAUAUAACUCUGAUAUGGCAAAUGCGCAACGCGAAUCCGGCAUGGCAUCAGGCAAGAGCAGUGCACCUCAUGAACACAUGCCUGCGCGUCCUGAUCUAGAAGAUACGGACCUCGCGGCUGCUGUGGCCGUGCUACGAACGCAGCUACAAACGCAACCUGGCUUAAUGAUCAAUAUCCCCGAGAUCCUGUCAGCGAUAUGCAAUCGCUUUGAACAUGCCAACGCAAAUUUCCAGCUAUGCUCGGUGGACACCGAAAGAAUCAACAAAAACAUUUGGAUGAUGACUGCACUAAAAGUUCGCAUCGCACGAGCCAAGCUCGAGAAAUGGGCAGAACUAGUGGCUGAAGGAGAAAGCCUUGGCCAAGAGCAUCGAGCAGACGGAGAUCAAAGAAUGGCAGAAUGGCAAGCGGCGAUGCAUUUGCCGCAAACCGAAUGCAUGGGCCUUGAAGACAUGGGCAUUUUACCGACAGAGUAUCAACAACAACCCCAAGUAGAGAAUACAUGGGGACAUGCGACGAACUCUCCGUGGACUACUGAUCUACUUUCUGGUUUCGAUCCAAGUAGCUUCUUUGAUGGAUAUCUGGAUUGGAAUUCCGUUGCUAUGAAUGUUACAUCUCCUAUGGAGCGAUGA